AUGAUUGUGAUAUGGGUCGCACUGCUUGCUAUUCAUCGAGGAUACACACUUAUUCCAGUAACUACAGUUCAGCUCGGUGAACCUGCAACUUUGCUGUGUGACCUGCCUAAGACCGUGUACAGCCGUAGAGUCGAUUGGUACAAGCAGAGUCCUGGAGACACUCUGCAAAGAAUUUGGACAGUAAAGGACUCUGCAGCACCUGCCUUUGCACCUGAGUUCAACAACUCAAAAUGGGAUAUUAAGUAUGACAAGAAUUUGAGCAACCUGACCAUUUUGAGGACAAGACAAGAGGACGAGGGAAUGUAUCACUGUGGAUUCACAGCGUGGCUCCAAGAUACCAAAUGGACUGCGACAUAUUUGUUAGUAAAAGGAAACACCCAGAGAACAUCAAACUAUUCUGUUGUUCAAGAGAAGAUAGCCCCUCCAGGAGGCUCAGUCACUCUUCAUUGUUCACUCCUCUCUAAUUUUGAUAACAAGACAUGUUCCGGAGGUCUCAGUGUGUUCUGGUUUAGAGAAGGAUCAAAUCCAUCUCAUCCUAGCAUCAUCUACACUGAUGGAAACAGACAUGAUGAAUGUCAGAAGAGAUCUGUGAGAGAGCAGAGUUGUGUUUAUCAGUACAGUAAAAAUAUUAGCUCCUCAGACACCGGGACAUACUAUUGUGCUGUGGCCACAUGUGGGAAGAUAUUGUUUGGAAAAGCAGCUAAACUGCAAGAACAAAGAAGAGGUUCUGAAUUUCCUGCACUGGUGAUAACAAUAGCCUGCUUGGUCAUUUCUGUGAUUGUCAAUAUUAUUUUGAUCUGUUGCCGAAGCCCAAGAGCAUCAUGCGAACAAUUUAAAAAUAACAGCUCUUCACAAGCAAGGCAAAGUGAUUUAUGCCAAACAGUGGACAACAGUGCUGAAAGUGGACAUGAUCUGAACUAUGCUGCUCUUCACUUCUCUGGAAGGAAAGCUACCUGUACAAGAGGAAAGAAGAAGAAUGAACUGGAAACUGAAGAAAGUGUUUAUUCUCAAGUUAAAUGCAAAAUGUAAAAGUGUAUCUAUG